AUGGCCAGGGAUGAGGUAAUGUAUAUCAUCAUAGUAAUUUUUAAGUCCUGUCUUGAUUGUAGUCAUUCUAAAUUGUUUGAUUGGUAAGAAACUGGAAACCAUGCAUCUAAAGUCUUUGUAGUUUAUAGCAUUAUUCCCAAGCACAACUGACGUUUGACUGUCGAUCGGGACACAUGUAGAAUAUCUGCCAUCUGAGGCACACUGAAAGCACAGGACAUCAGAAACCUCAGUUGCUCUUGAGUGAUGGCAUAACAAGGUGCACCUCUAGUUCCUCUUUAAGUCUGAGAAGCCCGGUAACUGGAACUGGCUGUAACAAUAAUACAACACUGUGUUUAGGCUAUUUAAUGUAUUGUGACACCGCCCGCCCCCCUCAUUCCAAAAACACUUUUAAAUGAUAGUAACUGUCACAAAUUGUGGCCAAGUAAUGUUUUUAUUAUAUUGGAUUUUAAAGCCAAGACAUAAAUAUAAAUGUUGACCAAGAACAAAUAUAAUGGGCAGCAGGAGAUCGAAGAGUGAAAGAAAAUCAACGGCCUAUGAACAUGACCUGGUAUUGAUUGCUCAACAGUAAGCCCAACCACACCCACUACAAUACUGCUUACCUUGUUGUGCAUGCCAGCCAGAGGUACGAAUCUCCUGAAUGAACUGAGAUACUCAAUUAGAUCAUCUGCUGAAGCAACAUUUAUCAACCUCCCCCUAGCCCACUCAAGGCUCCUCUGCAUGGUUUCCAUUCUGCAGGAUGACAGUUUUGUGAAAAUAGAGACCAUGGGACUGCGAUUCCUGUUCAAACAGUGCCAUAGUACUAACGUUAACGUUCCUGGUUUAUGUCUGAAGUUGUUCAUUUCUAUGAAUAUUUCAAAGGAUAUUCAAAAGUAAUAUCUGUGCUGUUUGAAAGCUGAUAUGUUGUAGAUAUUAGCAACGUUUUCACAGGGUUGUCCUAGGUCAAAUUAGGUGUAGUAAACACAUGUAAAAAUGACCAUAACAAGCGUUCGUUAAACCUGUAAAUGCACACUAAACAGGUGUAAUGAACACGUGUAAAAAUGACCAUAACAAGCAUUCAUUACACCUGUAAAUGCACACUAAACAGGUGUAACGAACACGUGUAAAAAUGACAUUUGACACUUGAAAUAAGCAAGUGAAAAAUGAUAAUUACAAGUGUUAAGACGUCUUCCGGGUAAGACAAUUUGAACCUUUUGGCUUUCCAUUUCGUUGGUGGCGGGUGUGAUUGUUUGCAGACAUGCAAAUUCAGCACACACAACAUUAUAUAACGGAAUUGUUUUAUUUGACGUGUAAAAUUAAAAGCUUAUUUGACGCGUCAAAUAGUUUUAUUUGACAUGUAUAUUUUUUUAGAUGCAAAGACCCAACCGGCGUUCCAUACAAGUGUCGUGUUCGUCAUUUCUGAAGUAGGGAGGAGGGGGGCAUUUUAUUUAUACCUAAUCCUUAGUUAUUUUAUAUUUCUUUCCAAUUUCUUGCUUUUGAUAUUAUUUUAAAUCAAGCAUGGUAAAAUAUAUAUUCGAAUAAUUCGACCUGUAAUUUGAUUUAUUUCCAUAGCUAGGACGACUCAAUCGCGCACCCCUUGAAAUCAUGUGGUACGUUCCAUAGCUCUCUGUUGCCCCGGAAGAAAGCAGUUUGCUUUUACCACUUGGAAAGUGAUCAGCUCACUAGAUUGCAACCGUAAAAGUACAUGAUCUACUCGCAUAAAAAGAAACACAACUCUUGGAAUCCAAGGUUUGCAUAAAAUAUUCACAUAAUUUUUUAUAUCAAAAACGGUGUUGUAACUGGUGGAUGAACUGACGUAACCCUGUGGCAAAUAUUUAGCUUGCUAGCCAACAACGGCUAAAUACGUUUUCUGACUUCUGAGAAACUAAUUUAGCUAGCAUUCUAGCUAAUCGUUUCCAUUGUUUUGGUCGAAUUCGAUUGAUCUCUGUACCCCAUGUAUUCUAGGUAGCUAGACAUGGUAGUUAAAUUCAGCUUGUUUUGCUGGUAUUCGACUCUGUUGGCUUUUGAACAUCAUGACAGAACUAACCUGCGAACUGGCUAACUAAAGUAGCUGGAUGUUAGCUACACGCGUUAGUUGGCUUGCUAGCGAACUAAUUAGCUUACAUUUUUAGCUAACUAACUAGCUAGCUAUGUCUUAAUCUUGAUAACAACAAAGAAGCAAAGCCCCACUAGUCGUGGGGGUAUUGUUGUAAUCUUUAUGCACGGGGGUAUUGUUGUAAUCUUUAUGCGUGGGGGUAUUGUUGUAAUCUUUAUGCGUGGGGGUAUUGUUGUAGUCUUUAUGCAUGGGGAUAUUGUUGUAAUCUUUAUGCAUGGGGGUAUUGUUGUAAUCUUUAUGCAUGGAGAUAUUGUUGUAAUCUUUAUGCAUGGGGGUAUUAUUGUAAUAUAUGCAUGGAGGGUAUUGUUGUAAUCUUUAUGCAUGGGGGUAUUGUUGUAAUCUUUAUGCAUGGGGGUAUUAUUGUAAUCUUUAUGCAUGGGGGUAUUAUUGUAAUCUUUAUGCAUGGGCGUAUUAUUGUAAUCUUUAUGCAUGUGGGUAUUGUUGGAAUCUUUAUGCAUGGGGAUGUUGUUGUAAUCUUUAUGCAUGGGGAUAUUGUUGUAAUCGUUAUGCAGGGGGGUAUUGUUGUAAUCGUUAUGCAUGGGGGUAUUGUUUAAAUCGUUAUGCAUGGAGGUAUUUUUGUAAUCGUUAUGCAGAUAAAGUUAGUUACUUUUGUGGUUUAGAUUAUUAAUCACAUGUAUAGAUUCAGCCAGAUCAAGAUAAUAAUAUUGCUUGUUUCACUUAGCUAGCUAGGUAAUUGAUUGCCAAGUAACGUCGUUCCGGUAAUUUGACAUUUUAAACUGCAUCGUUGGGAAUGGUUCGUAAGCAAGCAUUUCGCUGUAAAGUCUACAUCAGUUGUAUUCAGCUCGUGUGAUAAAUGAAAUUUGAUUUGGAUAAUCAAUGCAUGUUAGCCUUUGCUUUGGCUUUGCAAUCGCAGUUAAGUUGCCUAGCCGCUAGCUAACGUUAGUACUCGCUAGACCUAUCAAACGAAAUCUUGUCAAUAUUUGUUUAAUUGGAUUUGAUUACAACCGUUCUUCGGUACUUUGGCAAUGUACUAUAGUUAAUAUUUAGACAAGCUAUCUAGCUAGUUACCAGGUACCAUGGGUUUAUGAAUGCUUCUCUCCAUUCUGCAUUACGGUGACGCAGUUAUUCUGACCAGUGUUUAACGUUAGCUUGCACCUACAACAAUAAUUGGGAGAAACUCCUGCAUGUGUGUCGAUGCAUAUCGUUAUUUGUUUUAGUUCUGUGUACGUGAACUGGGUAGCUAGCUAGGUAACUAACGUUGGCUAGUAGAGUACCGAGCAUUGAUGUGUCUGCUGUCUGUACAUUAAAGCAUCCGGUAGAAAUGUAACGUUGGCUAACUAGAUGAUCAAAGUAAUUUGGAUGAAAUCUGGCCACUAGCGCUGAUUCUACAGUAGCCAGCUAAUUCACGUUUGUUUAUCAGCUUCCAAAAGAAAGGUCCACAUAGGUCUCGAGAACCCAAGGGGGGUAUACCCAUCUACCCAGUGGUGUAGUGGGACUAUAUGCAGUGUGCCCACUUUUUUUUCAGUUGCAUAAUUUUUCCCCCCCCCCAGACCUAAAAAAUGGUCUCCUGAUGUGGUUUAAGCAUUGUUGUGGAUUUAGAGCAUCCAAUUUUGGCUGGUCAGCUCUCCCUUAGAGCUUUGUCACACACCCAGCAUUGUGGCACCCUGGGAGUGCAGAACCUGAAAGCAUGUCAGGAAAUUAGAGUAUACCCACUUCUUCAGGCAGCACUACACCAUUGCAGCUACUGUCUAUUGAAUGGGCUAAGGUCCACAUAACUUAUUGACCAGAUAGCAGCUAGCCAAGUAACGAUGCAUGCAUUGGAUGAGAUCUGUUUGUUUAGGCUAGCUAACUUCUGCAAUAUACAGCCAAUUGGCUAACAUUAAACAUGGGAGUUAUCUGAUCUGUGGUUUAUGCCUUGUCUGGCGCACAACCACAAAAACCACUUACACAAGACGAAGAUAGCUUGCCAGUAUAUUAGCUACUAUGUCAUCUCCCCUCUCCCUCCUGCUCUCUCUCUGUCUGUUGCUGUAGGAUAGUACACAGUGUUCGGACUGGCUGAGGAGGCAGACCUACAGACGGUAUCACAGACGCUGGACAGAUUUGUAAAUGAGUGAAGCUAGUUGAGCCACUGCCAGAGCAGGGGCAUUCUGAGAGUUGAUUAGCUAUGUGAUGUGACCAUACUGUCUUGUACUAUGUAGUUCAUCACCUCAAGUCUCUCACUGUAAACUGUGUUUUUAUUAUAGAAUCUUAUAGAUUUGAAUGGACAAGGAGACCAGAAAUACAUAGGUACUUCUCCUAUAUACUAUCUGUAAAUAGUAUACUGUUUAUGGUAUGGCUCUCGGCUGGGUGAGCUGACAGAUUCAGUGUGUGUGUGUGUGUGGACCCAGCCCAGCUAGUUAACCCGUGUGGAGACGCCGCGAUGCCUGUGAAGAAGAAGAGGAAGUCUUCAGGGUCAGAUGACCCGGGACUCAGGAAGUGUAAAAUCACCUGGUGAGGAACCACUCCUCACCCACUACCCUUCACCCCUGCUCCUCACCCACCAUCCCCGCCCUCCUUCUCCUCACCACCCCUCACCCACCACCCCUGUUCUCCUGCUCCUCACCUCACUUCUCCGACCAUCCUCCACUAUUGGAUGUUUGGUCUUUUCCCUCCCCCCAGAUACUGCUGUGUUUAGAGCUGUAGUGGAACUCUGCCUCACCCAACCCUUCUACUGUAGACCCUUCGUCUCCUCACCCAUUCCACCGUGUGUGUUGCAGCUGCUGCUUGCUGGCUUUUCUCUGUGCAGUGAGCCUGGCUGCUUGACUAAAGGAACUCAACACUCAGCACAUAUUUGUCCCCUUAUGCAACACAGACCUCAGUCAGUCCACAGGAAAGGAGAGGGGGAGGAGUGUGUGUGACACUGAAUAUCCUGAGAACUCCUCUCAUGCAUGUGUCCGAGUCUGUUUAGUGACUAUGUUCUAUCCUGUGUUGUAGUUUCUGUGUUCUAUCCUGUGUUGUAGUUUCUGACUGUGUUCUAUCCUGUAUGUUGUAGUUUCUGACUGUUCUAUCCUGUAUGUUGUAGUUUCUGACUGUUCUAUCCUGUGUUGUAGUUUCUGACUGUGUUCUAUCCUGUGUUGUAGUUUCUGACUGUGUUCUAUCCUGUAUGUUGUAGUUUCUGACUGUUCUAUCCUGUGUUGUAGUUUCUGCAGACCCCAGGCUCCAGGCCGGUUGAUCAGCCCAGAGGACCAGUUCUCCAAUAAGAAAUGUCUGGCCUGGUUCUACGAGUACACAGGUACAGUGCCUUCAGAAAGUAUUCAUACCCCUUGACUUAUUUCUCACCCAUCGACACACAAUACCCCAUAAUGACAAAGUGAAAACAUGUUUUUAGAAAUAUUAUCAAAUUUACUGAAAAUGAAAUACAGAAAUAUCUGACUUACAUAAGUAUUCACACCCCUGAGUCAAUACAUGUUAGAAUCACCUUUGGCAGUGAUUACAGCUCUGAGCAAUGUUCCCUCAAAAAAAUGUUCGGCACUGAGCAAAUUUCUGGUCUGCUGUGCGCAAACUUGAAUGUUGUGAAAAUUCUGUGCAACUUGUGGCACGCGUUUACUGUGAACACUGAGGCUGUACCCGCUUUAAGUUACAGUUUUAAUGGUGGCCAAGUAGGCUACUGUGGCUAUUUGAUCAUAAUGUAGGCCUAUCAGCGUGGCAUACCAUAAAAAACAAUGGAGAAAAUGUAUCCCAUAACAUUUUAGCAUGGAAUAGCUGUUCUAUCAUUCAGCCUACAGUAGCAGCCAAUGUGUGGUGUUCAAUGUAGACCUACAUUCCAUGAGACUUUUGAAAAAAACAUUUAGGGAUUGAGAUUAACCUGUUUAUCCACUUGUCCUUCAGACAAGGAGGUGACUGAAAAUGUUGUGGUGUUUGAUGCAAGAAUCCACUUUACAAAAUAAAAUUCAUUAUUAUUCCCUUACCAUUAUUACAGAGAAUCAGACAAAUUAUGCUACCCUCUGCCUAUUGGCUACUUAGCUUAUUCAAGCCUCUCUCAAAAUACAACACUGCCCCUUAAAGACAGAAAAAAAGCUCUUUACCUGACUUACUUUUCAAAGAUGGCUAGAAAUGCACCUGUUUUGUGCUCUUGUAGGAAGCAACCACUCCCCCAUUGCUGACUAGAAACUAACUAUAACUGGGCUAAUAACUUACUUACUAGCAAACAAUAUGAACAAAUGUACACACCUGGCUACAUGCAGCUCUUGCUUUGAUCUCAAAACAAGCACAUCUACUCGCGACCACUCAUGCUGUAAAGUAUGGGCCUGAGUCAUGCCUGUCAAUGCAAUAGAAUCCUACUCCAAUGUGCUCUGCCUACAAAAAAAUGUAUUGCGUAGUUUGUUUUGUUUCGGUAUGUUGUAUUGAAAGGGGAUAAUAUUGUGUUGAUUCGAUGACAAUUCGCACAGUAGAGGGAAAUUGGCUGUGAAUCUUUCAGGGUAAGUCUCUAAGAGCUUUGCAUACCUGGAAUGUACAAUAUUUGCACAUUAUUCUAUAAAAAAAAAAAAAAUCUUCAAGCUCUGUUAAGUUAUUGUUGAUCAUUGCUAGACAGCCAUUUUCAAGUUUUGCCAUAGAUUUUCAAGCCAAUUUAAGUCAAAACUCGAACUCGGCCACUCAAGAACAUUCAAUGUCAUCUUGGUAAGCAACUCCAGUGUAUAUUUGGUAUUGUGUUUUAGGUUAUUGUCCUGCUGAAAGGUGAAUUUGUCUCUCAGUGUCUGUUGGAAAGCAGACUGAACCAGAUUUUCCUCUAGGAUUUUGCCUGUGCUUAGCUCUAUUCAGUUUAUUUUUAUCCUAAAAAACUCCCUAUUGCUUGCUGAUGACAAGCAUACUCAUAACAUGAUGCAGCCACCACCAUGCUUGAAAAUAUGAAGAGUGGUACUCAGUGAUGUGUUGUGUUGGAUUUGCCCCAAACAUAAUGGUUUGUAUUCAGGACAUAGUUUAUUUAUUUGCCUAAUUCUUUGCCAUUUUACUUUAGUACCUUAUUGCAAACAGGAUGCAUGUUUUGGAAUCUUUUUUAUUCUGUACAGGUUUCCUUCUUUUUACUCUGCCAUUUAGGUUAGUAUUGUGGAGUAACUACGAUGAUGUUGAUCCAUCCUCAGUUUUCUCCUAUCACAGGCAUUAAACUGUAACUGUUUUAAAGUCACCAUGGUGAAAUCCCUGAGCAGCUUCCUUCCUCUCCGGCAAUUGAGUUAGGAAGGACGCCUUAGUGAGUGCAUACAUUUUUUUUUUUUCAUUACUGGCCCCCCGUGGGAAUCGAACCCACAACCCUGACGUUGCAAACGCCAUGCUCUACCAACUGAGCUACACGGGACUAAUUCAGGCUGUUACACAACAAAAUGUGGAAAAAGUCGAGGGGUGUGAUACUUUCUGAAGGCACUGUAUGUCAUAUCAUGAUGAUCAUAGAUACAAAAAAUAAGAUGGCCUAUUAACUUUGAUACACACUCUGAUAGAACUCUUUAAUGUCGCAAGGAAAGCUGAAGUUGAUUAUUGGUUCACCAAGUAUUGAGUCAUUUAUACAUUUUUGUGUGUGUGUGUGCCAGGUCCAGAUGAGGUGUUGGGUCCAGAGGGGAUGGAGAAGUUCUGUGAAGACAUUGGAGUGGAACCAGAAAACGUUAGUCUUCCUCUCCUCUUUUCUCUUCAUCCACCCACCCAUCCAUCCAUCGUUGAUAAUUAUGAUGUAUGUUCCCUCUCUUUACCCCCUCUCCUCUUUCCCCCCUUCUCUCUUCCCCUCCUUCUCUCCUCUCUUCCCCCUUCUCUCUUCCCCUCCUCCUCUCUUUCCCUCCUCCUCUCUUCCCCUCCCUCCUCCUCCUCUCUUCCCCCCCUCCCCCCCUCCUCCUUUCCCCCUCCCUCCUCCUCCUCUCUUCCCCCCUCCCCCCCCUCCCUCCUCUCUCUUCCCCCCCCCCCUCCUCCUCUCUCUUCCCCCCUCCUCCUUUUCCCCUCUUUCCCCCCCUCCUCCUCCCCCUCCUCUCUUUCCCCCCCCUUUCCCCUCCCUCUUCCCCCCCUCCUUCCCCCCCUCCUCUCUUCCCCCCCCUCUCCUCCCCUCUCCUUCCCCCCUUCCUCUCCUCCCCCUCCCCCCCCUUCCCCUCCUCUCUUCCCCCCUCCUCCUCCUCUCUUCCCCCCUCCCUCCUCCUCUCUUCCCCCCCCCUCCUCCUCUCUUCCCUCCUCUCUCCCUCCCCCCUCCCUCCCCCUCUCCCCCUCUCCUCCUCCCCCCUCCUCCUCCUCUCUCCCCCCCUCUUCCUCUCCUCCCCCCCCUCCUCCUCUCUUCCCCCCCCCUCCUCCCCUCCUUCCCCCCCCCCUCCUUUCCUCCUCCCCCCCCUCCUCCUCCUCCCCCCCCCCUCCUCCUCUCUCCCCCCCUCCUCUCUCUUCCCCCCUCCCCCUCUUUCCUCCCCUCUCCCCCCCCCUCUUCCCCCUCCUCCUCUCUCCCCCCUUCCCCUCUCCCUCUCCCCCCCCCUCCUCCUCUUUCCCCCCUCCUCCUCCUCUCUUCCCCCCCUCCUCUCUUUCCCCCUCUCCUCUCCUCCCCUCCUCCUCUCUCUCUUCCCCCCCCUCCUCCUCCUCUCUUCCCCCCCCCCUCCUCCUCUCUCCCCCCCUCCCCUCCUCUCUCUUCCCCCCCCCCUCCUCCUCCUCUUCCCCCCCCCUCCUCCCCUCUCUCCCUCCCCCUCCCUCCUCCUCUCUCCCCUCCCCCCUCUCUUCUCCCCCUCCUCCUCUCUCUCCUUCCCUCCCCCGCCCCCUCCCUCCUCCUCCUCCCUCCUCUCUCUCCUCUCUCGCUCCUCCUCUGCCCGCCCCCUCCUCUCUUCCCCCCCGCCUCCUCCUCCCCCCCCCCUCCCCUCUCCUCCUCCUCUCCCCUCUCUCCCUCCGCUCCUCGUCUUCCCCUCUCUCCCUCCCUCUUUCCCUCUUUCCCCCCCCCUCUUUCCCCCUUCACACUCCCCUCUUUCCCCCCUUACCCGAACACUCCUCCUCUCUCUCUUCUCUGUCUCUCUCUCUCUUUUUCAGAUAAUCAUGUUAGUUUUAGCCUGGAAACUUGAAGCGCCAAAUAUGGGAUUUUUCACUAAGGAGGAGUGGCUUAAGGGAAUGACUUUACUACAGUGAGUAACCUUGAUUUACCACAUCACAUGUCUAUGUUUCUGAUGCUUCUGACUCUAUAGGUGUGACUGGGAAACCAUGUGUGUGUGUUUGUGACACUACACCCCCCUAUAGGUGUGACUGCAUAGAGAGGUUACAGGGGAAACUAGACUACCUGCGCAAUCAGCUCAACGACACGAUCAUCUUUAAAAACAUCUACAGAUACGCCUUCGACUUUGCCAGGGUGAGUUCUCUAUCACUGGUUCAUAGUCAGGAAAUUGUUUGACUUCCUGAGAAGAGAGGGUCUGGAUGGCAGAUGUACUUACAUCAUCUCUCCCUCUUUAUCAUCUCUCUUACCCCUCCCUCUGCCUCUCCCCGUUCUCUCCUCCCCUCCUUCCCGUCUCCUCCUCUUCCCCCUCUCUCCCCCCUCCCCCAGGAUAAGGACCAGAGGAGUCUGGACAUGGACACAGCUAAGUCCAUGCUAGCGUUGCUACUGGGGAGAACAUGGCCACUGUUCCCUGUCUUCAACCAGUUUCUGGAGGUAACACACACCCUAUGCUGAACACAGCUGUGUGGUUCCUGUACUGACUCGCUCCUAAUAUCUCCUUUCUCUUCUCUCUCUGUCCUCCCUCUCCUCCUCUCUCUGUCCUCCCCCUCUCCUCUACACUCUCCUCCUCCUUCUCUUCUCUCUGUCCUCCCCCUCUCCUCUACACUCUCCUCCUCUAUUCUCUCUCCUCCCCCUGCAGCAGUCCAAGUACAAGGUGAUGAAUAAGGACCAAUGGUAUACGUCUUGGAGUUCAGUCGUACAGUCAGCACAGACCUCAGUAACUAUGACGAGGAUGGAGCCUGUGAGUACACACACACACACACACACACAUAUUAAAACACACACUAAAACACACUAAAACACACUAAAAAACACAUACACAGUCCCUCUCACACUAACACUACUCUCUCUGCAGGGCCGGUGUUAUUGGAUGAGUUUGUGGAGUGGCAGAAAGCUCGGCUGGCAGCGUUAUAGCGGAGGGGACACUCACCAAACCACAGAAGAGGAGAAAGAGGGAGCAGGAGGAAAGCGAAAGAGAGAAGCACACAUGAGGAUGUUCUGUCUCCGUUUGAAAUAUACAGAAACGGCACACACACACCUUCCAUGGAUUGUGCACACAGACACGCAUACGGUGUCACGGAGCACACACACUUCCAGUGACGGCCUCUGUGCUUCGUGGGCCAAACAAUGAAGUCCUCUCUUUCUCUCUGAAGAGACUUUUUCAGUGUUAAUUUAAACAAGUUCAACAAGAAGAAAAUAAAACAAACAAAAAGAUAAACUAAAGGGAGAACUAUUUUUCAUAUUUCACCAGUGUUAAGAUCGACUGGGGAUUUUUUCUGUUUCCUUGAACAUUUUUUCCCUUCAUUUUUGAGUCUUACCUUGUUUAUAGUAUGUUUUCAGAACAAGAAUAAAGAAUGGAAUUGUACCAAACCUGCUUCUAAACUCUGAUUGGUAUAACCAAACAUGCUUCUAACCUCUGACU